UGUCGUGACGCCAUGCCGAGCCGGCCUGAGGAUUACGAGGUGCUGCUCACCAUCGGCGCCGGUUCCUAUGGGAAGUGCCAAAAGGUGCUGCGCCGGGUGGACGGCAAGGUCUUAGUUUGGAAAGAGCUUGACUAUGGCUCUAUGACAGAAGCAGAGAAACAAAUGCUUGUUUCAGAAGUGAAUUUGCUCCGGGAGCUGAAACAUCCAAAUAUUGUCCGAUAUUAUGAUCGCAUUAUUGACAGAACCAAUACAACCCUCUACAUUGUGAUGGAAUAUUGUGAAGGAGGUGACCUGUCUACUUUAAUUGCAAGAUGUACAAAGGAAAGACACUACUUAGAGGAAGACUUCAUUCUCCGCAUAUUGACUCAGUUGACCCUGGCCUUGAAAGAAUGUCACAGACGGAGUGAUGGUGGCCAUACUGUGUUGCACCGUGAUCUAAAACCAGCAAAUAUUUUUCUAGAUAGUAAACAUAAUGUGAAACUUGGAGACUUUGGACUAGCAAGAAUAUUGCACCAUGACACCAGUUUUGCUAAAACAUUUGUUGGCACUCCAUAUUACAUGUCUCCAGAACAAAUGAACCGUAUGUCAUACAAUGAAAAAUCAGACAUCUGGUCUCUAGGAUGCUUGCUGUAUGAGCUGUGUGCACUCUCGCCUCCAUUUACAGCCUAUAACCAAAAGGAAUUGUCAGAGAAGAUAAAGGAAGGGAAGUUCAGACGAAUACCGUAUCGUUAUUCAGAUCAGUUGAAUGAACUUAUUAAAAAAAUGCUGAACUUAAAGGAUUACUAUCGACCAUCUGUUGAAGAAAUUCUACAGAACCCCUUGAUAGCUAACUUGGUGGUAGAAGGUCAGAGAAAUUUCACAGAGAGGAAAAGACGAUCAGUUGAGCCAGAGAGGUUGCAGCAUUCGGGCACUGCAGUAAAUGAGCUGAAACUGAAGGAAGCGCAACUGCAGGAGAGAGAACGAGCCAUGAAAGAGCGAGAGCAACAACUAGAACAGAGGGAGCGAGAGCUAUGUGUUCGUGAGAGACUGGCAGAAGAUAAACUUGCUAGGGCUGAGAACAUGAUGAAAAACUACAACCUAUUCAAGGAACAGAGGAUAUUGGCAGGUGUAAAUAGCCCAGAUGGAGUACUACUUCCCUGUUCAAGAAAGAAGGUUCAUUUUUGUGCAACUAAAGAGAAUGCUCUAUCCAAUGAUAACGCUGAGAAUUAUCCCCUCUCAAAAGAAAAAUGCUCUGAGUUGGAGAAACGCCUCUAUGCUGCUAACCUGCGGGCUCAAGCGCUGUGUGAAUUAGAAAAAAACUAUCAACUGAAAAGCAGACAAAUUCUGGGCAUGCGCUAAAACUAUGUACAUUAUUUAUUUCAUUUGGUAAAUACAUUUUUAAGUGACAUUGAAAUGUUUAUGGACAACUAUUGUGCUCCUCCUUGAUUUUAUUUUUUUACUAUCAGCUGAAUCCUGUAUUGUUUUAGCAGAGAUGCUACCAUUUUGUCUUAAUUGUCUUGUGUACAAGUGGUUAUGUAUGUCUAUUUCUAUUAAUUCAUAGAUUGUUCUUGAAAGGACAUGUGAGUGAAACAAAGAUAGCUCUGCUAAAUCACCAAAUGUGUAAAGUCUUGUUUGAUUUAGAGCGCUAUCCUUUCCUUAAACCCCCAUGCUAAGCUGCGAGAAUGAAGGUUGUCUAUAAAUUAAGAAUUAAAGAGUUUUGUCUGCUUUGAAAAAA